GUGGCGAUGUAGCUUCCGUCUGCUUGGAUCUUGUCGAUCGGCUGAUGUCGCUGAUCCGGACCUUGCGCGAGACCUUCGACAAGGACGAUCUGGCUUCUAUCCUCGACGAUCUCCUCCGUGCGGUGGUGACACUGCGGGAGGACAUCAGCGUGUCAGACACGGCAGAGGGCCUGGAGGAAUGC